AUGGCCGCAAAGUACAUCCUCAAACAAGCUGGCACUAAGGAGGAAAUGAACGGUAUCAUGGACGUCAUCUGGGCUGCCAAUUACACACCAUACGAGCCCUUCGUCCAGAUCUUCUUUCCCGUCACUGGAAUUUUCCCUGCCGAACGCAAGGCAGCUAUUGUCGAGUCCAAGGCCCGCUUCUGGGACUUGCAUCAGGAAGACCCGUCAAGCAACUGGUUCUACGUGGAAGAGAUCGGGACUGGCCAGCCAGUUGGCUGCGCACAGUGGCAACUCUUCCUGGAGAACCCAUUUCCUACAGGACCGCCAAAAUUGCAGGCAACAUGGUGGCCAGAGACCGAAGACCGGGAGUUCUGUGAGCAAAUACUGAACCAAAUCUAUAAGCCGCGAGCUAGCUGGAUGACGCGACCACAUCUUGCCCUAAACUGGAUGGCCGUCAUCCCCACACACCGCCGCCUCGGCGUUGGUUCUCUCCUCAUGCAACACGGGAUCAAGCGUGCAGACUCCCUCAGCCUCGAGUGCUGGCUCGAAGCCUCUGCCAUGGGCCGGCCACUGUACGAGCAAUUCGGCUUUCAGAGUUUGUUCAAGAUUGCAUUCGACACAACAAGGAAGAAUGCAACUGAUGUGUGGCGGAAAUGCGAACACGAGAUGACCCCGGCCCCGUUCCAUGCCAUGUGGCGCCCGAAACAAGGAGUUUGGGAGGAGGAAGCUGAGGGCGAGGGGAAGGAGGUGAAAAUGCCAUGGGAAUUGGGGAAAGGGGGAAAGGUGGAGUUGAACGGCGAGGUGGAUCAGGUUUGGUGAGUUUUGUGUGGAGAGGAGCUUUCGGAAGUGUCUUUGAUCGGAGUUCAGGAGGGCAAUAGUAUAUCCAUGCGAAAUCCCUACAAAUGGCCAAGGAGUUAGGUUCUUA